AAGUGUUUUUGUCGGCUGAGUAAUCAGUCCUACUUGUAUGUGUCCGGAGAGGAGUCGCAUGGACAUCGAAAGGGCUCGUUUUCAAUCCAUUAAGUGAAGUCAACUAUUCAGAUUCGGCGGUGACACGAUGGGUUUCACGACAUCACUGGCAGUCGGUGUUAUUCUGUCGAUGUGUUGGGAUUUGAAAGUUGAAAGUUUGGAAGAGCGGCAUUCUCUGCACUAUGUGUACACGGCCCUGUCAAAGGCAGUCUCUGCACCUGGAAUCUUCGAAUUUACUGCUAUGGGCCUACUGGACGACAAAAAGAUUGAUUACUAUAACAGCAGAGACAAGGUCAAGAUUCCUCAACAGGACUGGAUGAGAGAAAAGCUUGACGCGAAUUACUGGAACCAAGGCACCCAGUCACGCAAAAGCAAAGAGCAGUGGUUCAAAGUCAAUGUAAACAUUCUGAUGGAACGCAUGAGACACAACAACUCAGAUAUUCAUGUCCUUAUGUGGAGACAUGGCUGUGAAGUUAUCACCAUGUCAGACGGGUCUCUCAAGUUUGAGAGGGGUGUGGACGAAUACAGCUAUGAUGGCAUGGAUUUCCUUUCCUUUGAUGAGGAUUCAACACAGUGGGUGGCCCCUGUUAAUGCAGCUGUAGCCACAAAACAAAAGUGGGAUGGGGUGCCAACCCUAAACCAGUACACCAAGGGCUACCUGGAGACAGAGUGUGUGCGUUGGCUGAAGGAUUUCAGAAGUUACAGGGACGAGAAGGAAAAGCAGACAGGUUAUCCAUCAAAGAUUUAUUUGUUUGCUAAAGAUGGCCAAUCCUCAGAUACAAUGAAGUUGACCUGUAUGGCCACAGGCCUCUACUCAAAAAACACUGAGAUCAGCAUCCUGAAGAGUGGCUGGUCUGUAAAGAAAGGUUGUAAGGAACCUAAGGACAUCUUGCCCAAUGAUGAUGGAACCUACCAGAUCAGACUGAGUGUGGACGCAAAGAAAUCAGAGAUAGAUGAUUAUGGAUGUGAGGUGAAUCAAGGGGACCAGAAAACCAGACUUGUAGCCCAAUGGGCCAAAGAUGGAAUAUUGUCUGCUGCAGCUCCCUCCUCCAUUGGACUGUGUGUGCCAGUUGUGCUGGUGAUGCUGGUGGUGGUGGUGCUGGUGGUGCCGGUGAUCGUGGGGGUCAUUUGUGUGAAAAAAGGCAUUAUUGAGUAUAAGGGAGGUCUCAAAUUCAAUCGCCCAGGUUCCGAAAUCGACAUACCUGGAAAUGCAACCUCUGCAAAUGACUCAGCUGGAAAGAAUGAACGUGGCUCAACACUGCCAGGAUCAACACAGACUAGUGUGGAAAUCAAGCCUCUACUGGAGGUGAAGAAAGAUGGAGAUUCUGACUCUGGACGUAGUUCUGGAUCACCUGAAGGAAACAGUCCAGAUGUCUCACCCAGCAGCAGUAAUGAAGAAGUGAAUAAUGUUGCUAAAGGGAUGCCCAGUGACAAACCUGUCUGAACAUCAGUGGAAUGGAUGACAUUAAUUUUCUUCCCAAGGAUGAAGACCAAGAAUGCGCCUACAAGCUAGUGUUCCGAAUGCUCUUAAAAGCAAAUUUUCCAAAUAGGUCAGAUUAUUAAAUAGCACCUGUUACAAACUAGAUAUGCCAUAAAUCUCGUUUUGGUGAUUUGGUCAAAAAGUUGAACCAAAGUUGGGGAGUUGGUUACAUGUAACGACAUUACAAAAUCAAUGUAUUUGUAAUGCGUUCCAAUUACUGAGAAAAAAAAUGUAAUUGAAUUGCAGUUACUAAUCAAAAUGUUGGUGAGAACAAAAGGGUUACAUCCAUACACAUUCUUUUCGGUCAAAAGUUUUAACACUUAUAUGUAGAAUAUAACAUUCUACAUAUCACAACAUUAUAUCACUACAUUACAUAAAUAUAUAAUAUCCUGUUUGAAUUUGUACCACCUCAUCUGCCAAUCAAAUGUAAUAAGUUACAUAAAUUUAAUGAAUUCAUUAAAAUAGUUACACUACUUCGUACAUUUUUAACAGAGUUACUAGUAAUCUACAACUUACAUUUAAAAAGUAACCUUCCUAACCUUGGUGUUGAGUGAAGACCUUUCUUAUCUUGAUUUUGGAGGAAUGUUUCUUUUCACUUGUCUUUGAAGCUACUGCUUUUACAAGUUAAUGUAUUUACCUACAGGUGCAAAUAUUAACUAGCAUGGACUUUAUAUUGACAGGAAAAAAUUACUAUUUUUAAGAUAUUUUGGAUGGCUAUGACUUAUUUUCCCUGUUUCACCUUAAAUUCCACUAUUUUCUUUGAGGUUUGGCUUCACAUAUGUAUAAAAAUUGUUUCUAUAUAGAAAAUAGAGGAAAUAGGUCACUUGGUUUUUAUCUUUUAGCUCUUCAUAUUUGUGUGUUUACUGUAAGAGAUGCACAUUUUAUGUUGAAAAAACUUAGAUUUGUAACUUUACACAGCAGAUCAUAAUAGUGCAAUGGAAUUAAGGUUUUUGUUACACAUCCUUUUACUAAAUCUGUGGUAAUAAAAGGGGAAAGCAGUAAGCUAUUUAGGGUCUUUAGUGGUUUAUUUUCUCUGGUUUGUCAUAUGUUUUAUGAUGAAGUGAAUUUUCUUGUUAAAUACACCAAUGUAUUAUAAAGUUAAUGGCAAUAAAGAGAUCAAUAAAUUAA